CUUAUCUCCCAGCGUGCUCGCUCUGUUCUUUAGUUCUUCAGCAUUUUCCCCACGGGCCAUUUGACCUGAAAUUGCUUGUACCAGCCCAUUACUCACCCCUUCGUUGUCUGACCCUUUUUAUUCAAGCACAACUGGACUGCCAUCUGAUGUUACGUUAUGAAUAGAUUCAGAGGGACGUGAUUACUUCCCGCAUUUUCCACGGUCUUCCCACCCCACUUGCCCUCCAUCCCCAUGUAAGACAAAUGGGCUAAGAAAGACCCUUUAUGUAAAAAGUGGGCUGGGAAGUUUUUCUCUUCUCUGCGUAAUUUCUCUCGUUCCUCAAUCUUUCUCUUAUUUUAUUCACAAGCAGACGGUGCGCAGGACUUAAUACAUAUUUGACGUAUUUUGGGGAAAUUCUGCUGACCUCGCCAAUUGCGAAAGAUUUACACCUGUCGAAACAUUAUUUAACCAAAAUUGCAAGGUAACGGAUAACAUCAACUGCAAGUUCAGUCAGAAGAAUGCGAUUGACAAUGCCACUACCACUGCUGCUGUGUGCCCUCUGCCCACUUGUCCUGGCAUCCCUGCCGGGGUCAGAGCCAGGGCCUGACGACACAAGACUCCUACAAGUCACCAUCCCCCAGCUGUCACCUGUGUCUGCUGCUCUGGGUGGAACUCUCACUCUGCCCUGCCUAGUGUCCCUGACCAAGCCUCCCCCCUCGCCCCCCACGCUGGGAGACCACAGUCCCCCACUGCCCCGGGUGAAGUGGAGCUUGCUGUCCUCCGGCCAUGACACGGAGAUCCUGGUGGCCCAGGGGGAGAGGGUUAAGAUCAGCGAGGCCUACUCAGGACGGGCGUCCCUGCCCAACUACGCCUCGUCCCCUGCUGACCUCACGCUCAGACUGGAGGCCCUCCGCAGCAACGACACAGGCUUUUACCGCUGCGAGGUGCAGCAGGACCUGGAGGAUGCCCACGACGUCGCUCAGGUCAAGGUCAAAGGUGUGGUGUUCCACCACCGGCAUGCCUCCAGUCGCUAUGCUCUGUCCUUCUGGGCGGCACGGCAGGCCUGUGAGGAAAUCGGAGCCAAAAUGGCCACCCCGGAGCAGCUCCUGUCAUCCUACCACAGUGGCUUUGAUCAUUGUGAUGCCGGCUGGCUCGCUGACCAGACUGUCAGAUACGCCAUCCACGUGCCACGGGAGGGAUGUUUUGGGGACAUGGAUGGGAAACCAGGAGUGAGAAACUCUGGGAUGCAGGACCCUGAGAUCCUAUUUGAUGUGUAUUGUUAUGUGGAUAAAAUUGAAGGUCAUGUGUUCCACUCCCCACUGAACCUCACCCUGGGGGAAGCUAAGGCCUUCUGUGAGAAAGCUGGGGCGAGGCUGGCCACCACUGGUCAGCUCUACGCUGCCUGGAAUGAUGGUCUGGACCACUGCAGCCCUGGCUGGCUGGCCGAUGGCAGCGUGCGCUUCCCCGUAGUCACUCCAAGGGAGCACUGCGAAGGACUCGAACCUGGGGUCAAGACCGUCUAUCACCACAGCAACCAGACAGGCUUCCCUGAUCCACACAGUCACCAUGCCGUCUACUGCUUCCAAGGUAACGGGAACUCCCAAACAAAUGCACCCCAGGACUACAUGUCCACAGAGCCAGAGGACAUGGAUCAGGACCUGGUGACCCUGUCAGAGCCGCUGGAGGAGAUGAGCCAGAGCCAGGGGACAGAGACUGAAGCAAAAGGCUCUAUGGAGUCCUUCUCUGUCUCUACUGGGCAGCGCUACAGGAAGAGACCAGUCAAGGCCACUGUGACAGCUGGGAGACCCCUGCCGUACACAAUCACCCCUGUGUAUUUUCCCCGGGAACAUCGGCCCACCAGCGACAUCACCAGAGUGGAGUCCAUUCACCCCCGCAAGCGCCAUAGGCAUUCCCAGAACCAUCCCGGAAGGAGGAGGCCUCAAGGAGCCACCACCAGAGUGAAAGAGGAGACUCAUGUCAUCACUCUGACUCCUGCUCAGGACCAGGACUCCAGUGUCCCAGCUGAGACCGACAGCACCCGCUACCAGACCACCCCCAUGACGGCUUCCCCUGGAGAAGAGUCUGAUCAGUCUGGUACAGACCCAAACCAGGCUGUGCUACCAGACUCCACUAGCCCUGCGCACGCAGAACCAGAACCAGAGACAGAGAACGGGUUCACGGACUCGGUAAGCCUGGACUCCACCAGUGAGGAAGAGAGUACGGCAACCAUUCCCAUGGAGACGGGGUCCGGUGACGGGGAAAUCCCUGUGACCCUGAUGACCCCCGUCCCCUUUACACUGUUCGGCCCCACCUCCCCCCGCUGGCCAGUGGAAGUGGAGUCGAAAGCCUCCAAAGACCUAGAGACCAAGGGGCAGGUGGAGCAGGAAGGGCUGGGCAGAAGCCCGGAGGUGCUGAACUCAACACUGCAGCCCAACGAGACCACCAGAGAGGAGUCUGGGAGCAUGUCAGGAGAUGCGCUCAAUCACUCUGGAGCGUCAGGGUCUGGUUCUGGUCUGGAGGAGCCCUCGGGCUCUGGUUCUGGUUCUGGUUCUGGUUCUGGUUCUGGCUCUGCUGAGGGCUCAGCCAUUACCGCCUCUACUGAUUUCCCGUACCCAACUGAAUCCUUCACCAAUUUCACAGAAGGAGCCAACAAAACCAGCAACACCACCGUGGUGAAAAUUCACUAUACUUCCAGCAGCACAGAGGAGCCGGACGAACACCAGCCUAGCACGACAGAGUUGUCCACAGGCCUGGAUGUAACACUACUCCCUGAGGAGUCCCAGACCACCAGCUGGAACACACACCCCUCUCCCACCGCCCCACAGGAGUCCCGCUCAGCCUUGGAGUACAGCGGGGAUCAGCCCCACUUAAAGCUACAUGCACUGCCAGACCCCAGGCAGGUACUGGAAGCAGCAGGAGCAGGAAGUAUCUCAGAUGUGUGCCUGGUGAACCCCUGUGCUAAUGGAGGAACAUGUAUAGAGAGCAGAGUGUCUGCCAGCUGUCUCUGUCUGCCUGGCUAUGGAGGGGACUUCUGUCAGACAGACAUGGAGCAGUGUGAGGUAGACUGGGAGAAGUUCCAUGGUUUCUGCUAUAAGCACUUCUACAAGCGGCAGGCCUGGGAGGUGGCGGAGAAGCACUGCCGCAUGUACGGCGGUCACCUGGUGUCUGUGAUGACUCCCGAGGAGCAGGAGUUUGUCAACAACAAGUUCAGGGAGUAUCAGUGGACUGGUCUCAAUGACAGAACCAUAGAGGGAGACUUCCAGUGGUCUGAUGGAAACCCUUUGCUCUAUGAGAACUGGUACCGUGGGCAGCCUGACAGCUACUUCCUGUCUGGGGAGAACUGUGUGGUGAUGGUGUGGUUCGAUGACGGGCGCUGGAGCGAUGUGCCCUGUAACUACCACCUCCCCUACACCUGCAAGAAAGGCACUUCUUUCUGUCGGCAACCCCCCGUCGUUCCCAAUGCUAUGAUGUUUGGGAAGCUGCAUCCACGCUAUGAGACCAACUCCAUGGUGCGCUUCCACUGUAAAGAUGGCUUCUGGCAGAGACGCAACCCCAUCAUCAAGUGCCUUCCAAACGGCCAGUGGGAGGAUCCCCAAAUCCUGUGUAUCCCAGCCCCGGUGACUGCGGCAGGUGAGGAGCAGACGUCUCCCCCGGACAGAAUGGAGGCAGUGCUUAUGGACGCCGUGGCCACCGAGAAGGCAAAAGCACAGUUCUGGGACAUUAAGUGGAAUGUCUAAAUGUCUCACCCUCUGUUCCUCUUUUUAUAUCCCUCUUCAUGUCCCUCAGAGACAAUCCCUCUUCAUACGCAGAGUUGCUUCCCUUUGAGAACUGAGGUGAUAUUUUAAUGUACAGACAAUAUGUACAGUACAGUGCAUAUCUUAUACUGCUCUGACUAUUUCAUUUAAUCUUAAGUCUGAUAUACCUGUUAUUUAACUUAUCUGUCAGGGGUGGAAAUUUGAAGGAUGGGGUUAAGACCCACAAUAUUGUGGUGUGUCAUUAAGUUGGUAGUUCAUGAAGUAAAGUUAACGUUAAAAGCUCAUUUUUUUAUUUAUUUGUUAGCCAUUGGUUGGAUACUGAAAUGAACAAACAUGUCUUACCUGUUUAAAGUUUGGGACAAACUGAAAUAUACUAUGAUAGCCAGGUAUAAGGGUCUCAAAAAUAAUCUUCAGUAUUAGUCCAUGAAAAUGUGAUGAUAUUCUCCCUUUGACUAGUCUUGUCUCAAAUUUUCCUCUUUUCUCAACUUCAUCAAUAUUUACAAAUAGGUCCUUAAUCUGGUGCUUCAUUUUCAGGUCUUUAAUGUGUUUUGAGUGAUGCUGGGUGUAGAUGGACCCAAGGUGUACAUAUAAUGUUUAAUAUGCUAUGACUGAGGCCCACUGAUAUCAAGAGCAGUGAACGAUAUUGUGGUUGCCAAUAGUUUGCAACCUCAAAAUACUUUUUGUGAAGUAGUACUCUAAUUUACUUAAAGCAUAAACACAUUAGUUACAUGUAAUUUCUGAUGCUAUAAAAGUUAUCCAUGUUUUGUACUGUAAAUAUUCACUGAAAAUAUUCUUAUCCUUAUGUUAACCCUGUCCUUUAAUUUAAAGGAUCGCGUGUUUAGCAUUUUCUCAGAGAUUGAUGAUCUGUAUAACUCAGUUGUAUUGGAAAUAUUCGUGUUGCAGCAAUAUCUGUAGAAUUCCCCAUUUCACAAAAUAACUUUAGUUUAUUAUUUCCGAUUGACCAUUUAUUAUUUUACCACUGCACAGUGAAUUCAGAAUCAUUCCUCAAAUUGAAUUUAAUGAAAACUACACAGUACAUCUCAGCUAUGUAAUUGAAGCUUAACAAUGUAAUGUUUAAUAUAUAGCAUGUAAUUAUCAAGCAGACGGUGGCUAUGUGGUAUACAUUUCUCCAGAUCAAUAAAAGGUAGUGUUCAAAAAUAAAUGCUUGUUAUGCAAGUAUAGGUUGAGCUGUGCUCAUACAGAGACAUGAUUAAGUCAGAAGGCCCAAGCAGAUACAGAAAUGUCUCAUUAAAAAGUCUCAUUUAAAAUAUGUUUUACCAGGUUAUGCCAUUUCAUUAAGAAUUGGUGAAUUGUCAAGCAAAUUGGUACCAUCUGGUACAUGGUACCUACUGUUUACCACUUGCCACACUGUUACACACUUUAAUAAAAAAAUAUGUUUUCUAACAGAACAUUAAUGAAGUAA